GGUAAGAAGAAAGCUUGGGUGUUUUGUGGGGCUUGUGAUUGAUUUUGUUUGUUUUUUUUAGGAUGGGAGGUAGGAAUGUGGAUUCGCACCGGUUGUAUUCGGUGGUGGUGGCCCGGGAUUGGUGAUUGAAGGUCAAUUCCCGCGAGGACUGUAACGAGAUCAUCGAGGAGAUGGCGCUGCCGAAGAGUUGCGUGAACAACGAGAUUGCGUUGAAGAAGAUAAACAUCCGGUUUUUGGACAAGUACGAGACAGGUGAUUUUCACGGUGAGGAGAAGGAGCCGACGAAGAGGAGGACGACGAGAAGCGGGAUAAUCGGAGGUAGCCAGAGCGGAUGUUGCACUCGGUGCCGGCGGUUUACAACACCUGUGACAAAUAACCGUCCACAAAUGCUCAUCUCGCGACGGCGCAGCUCCAGCCGAAUGAACCCUGGACAGCGUGCCGAAAAAAUCUGUGUCAUUCUCGAAGGAGGAUGAAGUGCUCGAAAUCGAAUUCCGUUCCGAGGGCCUCAUCAACCCAAUCUUCCGGAUGCGCUUCCAGAAUCGGGAACUCCUCGUUCAGGCACUUCACAGGAAACGUCGAUCACCCUUGCCGAAUCUACAGCCAACUUCUCCAAACCUGUCCUGAUGAAGGCCGGCAACGUGACCAUCCUGUUCUCUACUUUGCUGUCGCGCGUCGAAACGUCCGUCUGGAACCGUCCAGCUUGGGGUCUUCGGAAGUGACCGGUGGCGUACCCUAAGAAUCGGUACAGCUUGGACUCGGAUUUUGGCCAGAAGCGUUAAAUACAAUAACAAAAUGUCUUAUUUAACAUACUGUUUAAAACUUUUAAAAAUAAAUAUAAAAUCAAGC